AUGGCAUCUGUCUCAGAGCAUAUAACACCACCCAAAACUCCUGCGGGCAAGACGAGCAUGAGGAUGCCGAUAGCUUCAAUACUGCCCACUCCUCCUAGCAGUCCGUCUUCUUCAUCUCGCAAGCCAAUCGUCAUCCCCGUCGCAUCUGCUGCGACCUUGCCAACGACCUUGCCCUCACAACCCGUAAACGACGCCCAAGUCUUGUCGCAUCUAGAAUCUACACCGGCAGCACAUACGUCAACCGCGAAUACUAGUUCAGCGCCGCGAACAAUUAAUACCAAACCAUUGACAGCAGGAAGCCCCCCUUCACGCACCCUCGCCGCGCUCAAGACGGACCUCCGCAUCGAUGGCUGGCAAUGCGGCGCCCAGACGCGCAGAAACACAGAAUGCCAACACUUUAUCUUGAAUAAGAACAAGAAUCUCAUAAACGCGCAACUAGCUUCCAUGACGGGCCUGACGCGCACCUCUCCGGACUUUAAAAACGCCCUGCUCAAGCUCGUCAUGCUAGUGCACUGCCACCAACACAAUGCGAAUCAAAAAUAUCAGCGCCGACUCGAGGUCUGGAGCCUUGCGUUUCCACCUGGUAGCGUUGAUGAUGGCAGCGAGCCUGAAGUUCCCAUUGAGCAACUCAUCAGGAAGGCUCUCGAGCCAUUGAGUACCAAAUGCAUUGCCCGCGGCAACGGAUGCGCGUGUGAGGAGAGGAUUGGUGGGCACAAGGUGCAGAAUUGCGAGAGAACUCUUCAGGAGCUCGUUAAGCAGGAACUAUACUCCGACAAUGCUAAGCUCGAGUUCUUACUCAAGGUACUAGAGUGGAACAUGACUUGUAGCAUCCAUCAAAGCUCGGGGCAAUUCACGUUGGUUCCGGCGUGGAAGAAGAGUGUCAUGGCGGUUCUGCCCCUGCCAACGCCACUCGGCGAUCGGGCCGUCGCCAGCAACGCGCCGGACAAGCUUCAAGCCUGUCCGAGGGCUCAAACAGGUCCUCUCAUCGUCUCAACUCCAUCGAUGACUGAGAAGAAGGCUGUCGUUAUCGUAGAGGACUUGCCCAGCCUACGAGCUUUACCAGACCCCAUUAUUAGCUUAGAUGCCGAUCCAGCAUUGUACUGGCCAAAAGCCUACGACUCGAGCCCUUUUGAUAUCCUCGCACACGCCAACCACCACGCCAGCCCUACACACUCGCACAAGCUGAUCCGUGAUAAGAUCAGCAAACCACUAGAUGCCCAUGACCUUCGCGAUGGGUAUGUCUACGCCUACGAAGUCGAGGGCAACGAAGGCUACGUCAAGAUUGGGUAUACCACACGUCCCGUGAUGGAACGGUACGACGAGUGGUCAUUCAACUGCAACAGGCAAACCAAGCCGCUGUACCCUUCUCCUCCUUCUGCUGCUGCUACCAUUUCAAGUCGUGCAACAGAAGCCGCAGCGGCGCCGACAGUGCUCAUCCCGCACGCGCGUCGUGUCGAGGCCUUAUGCCACGCCGAGCUCAAACACCGCCGUAUCAGGAUGUACUGCGGCGCUUGCCUACAGCAACACGUGGAGUGGUUCGAAGUAUCGGCUAUAGAGGCCACGGCCAUCAUCCAGAAGUGGUCAAGGUGGAUGACCACACGGCCGUAUAAACUGCUGCAGCUAAGGGACAAGCCUAAGUGGACGCUUAAGGUAGCCGAGGCGCAGCGGACGUCGAGGUUUGAGCAGUUUAUGCGAGAGGUUACGGUAUCGCAUACUCCGCUAUAG